AAUGCGGCAGAUCGUGUUGUCAGGAACAGAAUAAAUAGGGAUCUUUGUGGAAACGGCGGUGGUUGGUUUCCGGAGGCAAGAUUUCCUAUCGUGGCGAAAUCGUUCGCUGUCAGGACACACUCCGCGAUAGUGCUUUUUUUUUCUGUUGCCAUCAUCGCUUGGAGGGGUUUCGCUGUCUGAGUCCAGUUCAUCUUGUAAACGAAUCAAACGCCAGAGACGCUGCCUUCUUUGCGCAGGUCCCUGUUUUAGAGGAUGCUGGUGAAUUGAUUGUUUGAUUCUCUCCAAGUUUGUAGAAUAAAUGAUAGAAGAUACAAUGACUCUGUUGUCUCUUUUAGGCCGCAUCAUGCGUUAUUUUCUUCUGAGGCCGGAAACUUUGUUUCUAUUGUGUAUCAGCUUGGCUCUUUGGAGUUAUUUCUUUCACACAGACGAAGUAAAGACCAUAGUGAAAUCGAGCCAGAAUGCGGUGAAAAUGAUGAAAGGGAAAGUGGUGGAAAUCAUUCAGAAUGAUCGGUUCGGGGGACUAGACGUCCUGGAAGCCGAGUUCUCCAAAACCUGGGAGUACAAGAGCAACAAUGUGGCUGUUUAUUCCAUCCAAGGCAGGCGGGAUCACAUGGAAGAUCGAUUCGAAGUCCUUACUGAUCUGGUGAACAAAAGUCAUCCUUCCAUUUUCGGGAUUUUUGAUGGGCACGGGGGAGAGUCUGCUGCAGAAUAUGUGAAGAUACACUUGCCUGAGGCUCUGAAGCAACAUCUACAAGACUAUGAAAAAGAUAAGGAAAAUAGUGUGUUAUCACAUCAAACAAUCCUGGAACAGCAGAUUCUUGCAAUAGACCGUAAAGUGCUUGAAAAACUCUCUGCCGCCUAUGACGAGGCAGGCACAACUUGUCUGAUUGCACUACUGUCAGACAAAGAGCUAACUGUUGCAAAUGUUGGAGAUUCUCGUGGCGUACUGUGUGACAAAGAGGGAAAUGCAGUUCCUCUUUCACAUGAUCACAAACCCUAUCAGUUGAAGGAAAGAAAGAGGAUAAAACGAGCAGGUGGUUUCAUAAGUUUCAAUGGUUCAUGGAGGGUCCAAGGAAUUUUGGCAAUGUCUCGCUCCCUGGGAGAUUACCCUCUCAAAAACCUCAAUGUCGUCAUCUCUGACCCUGAUAUCCUGUCUUUUGACCUCGAUAAACUACAGCCACAGUUCAUGAUCCUGGCUUCAGAUGGUCUGUGGGAUGCUUUCAGCAAUGAAGAAGCAGUCAGAUUCAUCAAAGAACGUCUUGAUGAGCCACACUUUGGUGCAAAAAGCAUUGUUCUGCAAUCUUUUUACAGAGGAUGUCCUGAUAAUAUAACUGUAAUGGUGGUAAAAUUCAGAAACAACAGUAAGACUGAUGACCAGUGAAUGGCAUUGAGCACAUGAGGGCAAGGUUCUUCAAGUAAUGCUGUGCAAAUUUUAGCAAUGUGUGUGAUAAUAAUAGUAAAGGUCAUAAUAUUCACAUCUGAAUGGUCAGUGCUAGACGGCUUGUAGAAUUGGACAGACCAAGUAGCCGCACAUUCAUUUUAACUGGCUGAGGUCAAAAUAUCACUCUUUUUAUCUAGAAUCAUUUUCAAUUCUCUUCUUAAAAUAUUUCUAUUAUAUAUAAUACAAUGCACAGUGCAAAUCUUAUGCUACGUUACUAAACUAAUUGUGACCAACAGUUUUAUAAAGAACAGCCAAUUUAAGCAAUAAAGCAAAAACUAAUUAACAUUCAGGAACUCUGUUGCUGAUUCAAUGGUUUACAUAAUCAGUAGAACAGCUACUGAGCAGCCAUUCAUUGAGUAACUGUGAAUUAAAAAAGCUGAAUAAAUCUAACUAACCCUGACAAAAGGGGAAUUCUUUUAACAAUCUGCAUGAUAAAGGAGAAUAAAUGUAUCUGUAUAGUUUGUAGCAUAAAUUCUUAGGCACAUAACGUAUGGACAUUUGACAUGUUACAAAUAUUUAGUUGUUUAGAUUUGCUCCUCUUUUUAGCUCUUCCGUGUCCUACACGCCAUUAGCUCCAGACUUCUUUCUUCAGAUAGAAUAACAGGAUGGUAUAACUUACGAACUUCUCUGUGGCCUUCAGCAAUUGCUGCUCUGUGAUCAGCUGACAAAGGUCAGUGGCUGCUGGGUAAUUCAACCUGUACACAUUCUUCCAACUAAUCCCCUAGUUAUACAGCCCACCAAAUUCAAGUUAUGUUCUAGAGCCCACGGUGGUCAUUUUGACUUCAGAGUCAACAAAAAUUAAAGUUGAGGGAGAUGCAAAACUUGCGGCAGAUCCAAUAUUGCCCUUUUUGCACUAUCACCCAAAGUCAAAGUUACCCCCAACACAAGUGUUCUGGUUAUAUUUACACUAUAGAUAUUUUGAAGUGGCAUUCUCAGACAUUAAUAAAAUAUGCUUGAUCUGUCAUACUUUCUCCAUAUUUUAAUAUAAAGAUCUGUUUCUCAGGAUGACUCUUAAGAUCAUUGUCAGUCAGUCACAAUUCUGCUUUUGAUUGGCAGGUUUGGCGAAGUGGCAAGACUUUGAGGAGUCUUUUCAAUAUGGCAAUGCUAACAAGAUUGUUCUGAAUAGUAGGAUAAAGCGAGUAAUCAAUCGGCUGCUAUCCAAAUUGUCUUACCUGUUAUGUAGGACUUAUAUUAGGAAGAGUUUAUGACAUUGUGUUAAUAAGCUUUUGUGAUAGGGUUCUCUUCCUGGUGCCAACAUAGCUAUAGAUGGAGCACUUCACUUAACAACCCAGAUGUAACUGGUUAAACAGUCAGUGAAAAAUUAGGCCAGGAUUUUGUUUUUGCUGCUGGGGCCAAAGCGAUCCUCUAAUAUGCAUCAAAUCUCUGGUUUAGUGUCACAUCUAGGCAAUCCAUGUUGUGCCUAAGUAUUUACUCAGCAACUUCAGAAAGCCAAUUCCCUGUAAAGGAUGUACAUGUAACAAAUACAGUGCUGAGAAAUCUAUCUAACAGACACUGAACAAAUACAAAAACAAAUCUUGGUAUGCUGAGUUAAUGAUAACUUUAGGGCAUGAAAAAUUCAAAAUAAACAAUGUAACAUUUCAAUGCAACAACAAUAGAGAAUGAUUAAACUGAUUUUUUUUCAUUUCUCACUGGACCAUGGAGUACAUAUCCCAAUUUUUAAAAUCUUUCUUUGUCAUAUAUAGUUCACGGAUCAUUACAUCAGAGUCAGAUGCAUUCAACAAAGACAAAGCAAACAUAAAUCUAGACAUGGGGUAUCUAACUUAGAGUGAAUAAUGAUACAGUACAAAUUCAUAAAACGAAACAAGUCUAAUUAUUAUACUGAUUUAUAACAAGAGAGAACUGCUCAGUUUUCUGCUACCUCAUAAGAACAUGAACUCUCCUGUUAAAGUAAUAUGUUGGCCACAUUUUGAGUAGGAUGGUGUGUGAGUUAUCCUCAUAGGUGUAAGGAGAGAAGAGAAAGGUUAAGCAAGAACCCUGAGUGCCGAAUGUCAUGCAUCUUAUAGGAAGCAUCUAACAUUGCAAAAAGUUAACACAAAUGUUGUAUUAAAUUAUAAGUAGAGCACUGAUCCAAUCAGCUCUGUUGUGCCAUAAAAAUAAUCUCAAUAGGAAUUUAAAUGUGAUCAAAAUUAUUAAAAGAAUAUUUCAGGCUGAACAGAAAAUGUGUAUUGCUAAUACUGUAUGAAUGAACUCAGAUUCAGAAUGCUGUUAUGCUGUCAAUAGUAGCAAUUUUCAAGUCUUAAUAGCAUUAUGUUUAGAAUGCAAUCACAUGAAAUAUCCUUUAUUUCACCAAAUAGAAAUAGUGGGGGUACAUUUUCCUUCAAAUCCUAAUUUCAGUGAAAAAUUAGACAUGAUUAUGAAUUAAUUGUUUUAUGUUCCCAACUACUACUUCAUCAAAAUCAGUAAAUAGAAAAACAUAUAUACCCUAGUCUCAACUGACACAUUAAAGAUCCAAAGUGAACAUAUAUACAGUAAUUGUUAAAUUUGCAUCAACAAAACAGAUGUAACAUUAGCUUCAUAUAUUAGCUUGCAGUAUGUAUAAAAUUUGAAAGUCAUCUUCUAAAGUAAAACUAUUUCUCUAUCUGAGCCCCACCUGAAAUGGAUGUAUGAUUUCUGGACUUGUCCAGCUUUGCCUGCAGAAUCAUUCACUCAGAUUAACAAAAAUAAACUUUUAAUAUUGUAUGAUGAA